CCACGUGCGUGCCACUCGACGACAUCCCAUCUCUACUUGAGGUUGAGGAAGCGGUACGGGAAAUGGCCAACAGAAAGGCCGUCGGGCCGGACAACCUACCGGCUGAGCUGAUCAAGCAUUUCCUGGACAGGGAUCAAGGUCUCCUCCGCGACUUCCACUCCACUGUCGUGGACGUGUGGCUGACGGGGGACGUACCACAGCAGUGGAAGGAUGCCACCAUCAAAGUGCUGUUCAAGAAGGGGGACACGAUGGAGUGCGGCAACUACCGGGGCAUCUCGCUCGUCGCACACGCCGGCAAGGUGCUGCUUAAGGUCGUCGCUACACGACUGAGCCACUACUGCGAGCGAGAGGGCAUCCUCCCGGAGGAACAGAGCGGUUUCCGCCCACACCGGUCGACGCUCGACAUGCUGUUCGCCAUCCAGCGGCUCCAUGAGCUCGCGAGGAAGCCGAGUACUGCGGUGUUCGGGUGCUUCGUCGAUCUCACCAAGGCAUACGAUUCGGUAGACCGAGACCUACUGUGGGAUGUGCUCCGGCGCUUCGGCGUGCCCCCGAAGAUUCUGGCGUACUCGGAAUGGUUCGACGUGGGCCAAGGCCUCCGACAGGGAUGCAACCUGGCCCCGCUGCUGUUCAACUUGUUCUUUGCCGCGAUGCUCAUGGUCGCCGUGGCCGAGUUCGACAAGGACCCCAAGGUGACGGCGGACAUGGUCAAGAUCGGGACACAUGUGGAGUACACGGGCAAGAAGGGCAGGUCGGCGGGGAAGAAGACGACGGUGGUGACGGACGCGGAGGCCUUGUGGGCCAUGCUCUACGCUGACGACGCGGCCAUCGUCUCGCGCUCGCCGGAGAGUCUCGAGAAGAUGAUGUCGAUCAUCGUGCGCGUGGCCGGCCUGUUCGGACUGAUGGUAUCGGAGCUAAAGAUGGAGAUCAUGUGCAUGCUGCCGAAAGGGAUCGAGGAACGCCCGUUCACGGUCAGCGCCGUCGGCCAGACGUGCAAGCAGACGGAUCGGUUUGUGUACUUCGGACGUACCAUCUCCGCGGACGGGAAGGCCGACCGGGAGAUCAC